GACAGGCAGGCUAGAGGGGCCAUAGCCUGGUCAGGAGAGUGGAGGGUCAGGCAGGGGCUCCAGAGCCUCUGGGUCCAUGGUCCUCAGGCACGGAUCUCAGGCCCCAAGGCCCUCUUGGAUCAAGAUUUACAACUUGGGGAGUGGGGGAGCUUGGUUCUGAUACCUUUCUGGGCCUCAGCUUCCCUAACUAGAGAGAUGCUGGGCCUGUGGAUACUGUGAUGGGCAUUGCUCUAGCCCGUGUUCACCUUGGGGUGUUCUUGCCCAUGCCAGUUUUCCAGGCUUGCACUCGCUCUGCCCCUACUCCCCACAGCUGCCUCACCCCCACUUCCCAUACAGGAUCCAAGGCCCAGGGAAGACACAGCUUCUCAGGGGCCCCUCUGUUUCCUGGGGUUUGGGGGUAUAACUCAUCAGGCCUGCCCCUAGCCUCUGUUCAUAACUGUGACUGCAGACAGACAGACAGACAGACAGACAGACACACACACACACACACACACACACACACACACACACACACACACACACACAGAGAGAGCCCAUGCGAGCACUACGAUUGUGUUUACAUGUUGGCUCCCAGCCCCAUUUCCAUUCUAGAAACCGGCAGAAACAGAGAAGCCCAGGAAGUGAGGCACUCACUCCUCACUGCUGCCCUCCCGUAGCUCUGCGCCUCCUGGCAGGAAGGGCUAGAACACUGCCACCCGCCUAAACAGCCAAGAAUUCCUACUUCUGAGUCCCUGCAGGAGUCAGCAGGACCCCAGCAGCUGGGCGGCUUUCAGAUUGAACACCGAGGCUUUGGGCUGGGACACAGCGGGGACCCGGAAGGAGACCGGCCGGCCCAGGCGCACUGAUCCGCUCUGAUCUCCUCCAACACCCCCGCCACCUACGGGCUGAGGCCCCAGACUCCAGAAAGGGUGCUCAGGACCACACCCCACCGCCUCCAGCUCUCUGCGGAGAACAAAGCAGCCUCAUGGAAGGCGCCUCUCCGGGUGGAUCCAGGCAGGACAGCAGGCAGGCCUUGUCUCCCCAUGUGGGACCAGGCCCUGGGCUUCCUUGCCAGUCGGCAAAGCCCAAUCCUUUCUGAGGACUGGGAAUCAUCGGUCCAAGUCAGGAAUCUCUGUGAUUCAUUUUCCAAGGGUGGAAGAAACUUCUUCUAAAAGCAUCAAGGAAAGUCUCCUCCAAGAGAAAAUCGGGGAGAGCAACACCCACCCUCAAAGAAAGUUCCUGAGGCGGGACUGAGGUUCCAAGUGGAACAAAAAUUUGGCUGACGGUGUCCUUGAACUUGGCUCCUGGGUACAGGUGGGACACAGCUGAUACUACCACUUAGCUACCUCUUCACGAGCAGCCCCGUCUCAGACUCCUCAGGGCCUGGGGAGCUCACCGUACUGUCCAGCUCUGUCUCUUGUGGACUCCUGACCCACACUGGGAUGUGCUCCCUUCCUGUGCCCCGGGAGCCCCUGCGCCGAGUGGCUGUGACUGGGGGCACCCACGGAAAUGAGAUGUGUGGCGUCCACCUGGUCCGGCAUUGGCUGCAGGCCCCAGGGGAGCUGCAGAGACCCAGCUUCUCAGCCAUGCCAGUUCUGGCCAACCCAGCAGCCACAGCUGCCUGUCGCCGUUACAUGGACCGUGAUCUCAACCGCACUUUCACCCUUACCUUCCUCAAUUCCACAGCCACUCCCGAUGACCCAUAUGAGGUGACAAGAGCCCGAGAGUUGAACGAGCUACUGGGUCCCAAGGGCACAGACCGGGCCUUCGACUUUAUCCUAGACCUGCACAACACCACAGCCAACACUGGAGUCUGCCUCAUCUCUGAAGCCUCCCACAACCCCAUCAACUUGCAUCUGUGCCACUACCUACAGCUGCAGAACCCGGGGCUGCCCUGCCGCCUCUUGCAAUACGAUCCACCAGGGAUGGAGACCUACAGCUUGGAAUCUGUGUCCAAGAAUGGAAUCUGUCUGGAGAUGGGCCCCCAGCCUCAGGGCGUGCUGCGGGCCGACCUGUUCUCACGGAUGAGAGCUCUGGUGGCGUCCAUUCUGGAUUUCAUUGAGCUCUACAACCAAGGCAAGGCCUUUCCUGCCUUUGAGAUAGACAUCUACAGGAGCUUGGGCAAGGUGGACUUCCCACGCACCGCGGACGGUGACCUGGCUGGCACUGUGCACCCUCAGCUGCAGGACCACGACUUUGAGCCACUGAGGCCUGGUGAACCCAUCUUCAAGCUGUUCAGUGGUGAGGACGUACUGUAUGAGGGGAACUCCACUGUGUACCCUGUGUUCAUUAAUGAGGCCGCCUACUAUGAGAAGCACGUGGCUUUCCUGAAAUCUGAGAGGAUCUGGGUCUCUGUGCCUGCCCUGCCGGAACUGACCUCCAGCUCCACCCUGGCCCCCUAACCCAAGUCAUACCUGCCUGGUCUCAGUCUCCCUUUCUGAACAAUCAGUCCUAAGGCAUAGUUCCAAGCCCAGGGUCCACUGUCCUACCCUGGGCACCACGUCCCUUGCCAGACAACCAAUCUCAUGAUAUAAAUGCAAUGUGCCUGGA